ACCGGCUUCUCCGGGAGAGAGAGACUCGCGAGUUCGUUGGCCGACCGUCACCCGCGCGUGUUUCCCCGAUCGCGCGAUGAUCGUUAGCUCGCUGUUCGUCGAAGGCGGGUGUGAAUUCUGACAGCCUGUUCGCGAAAAGGGCAAUCAGGGUGGUCGAGCAAUUUCGGGUGCGGUUUGAUUCGCUUUGCCACACCGAGUGAAGGAAAAUCCGCGCCACAUCGGGGAGAUACCAGUACGAGAAAUCGACCCGCGUCACCAGCCAGCCGGGCAGGUGCUAACUCGCGCGUGACUCCGGUGUUAGCUCCGGAGUUAUAGUCGCGCGCCCGCUCACGCUGACCGGACGUGUUUGCCGAGCUGGCCAAAGUUAGUGAGAAACAGCACCGUGUGACAGUAGAAACUUUCAGAAGUUUUGAAAAUUUAAUUCCGAAUCACACAAUCUCAAAGACCGGAUCCUCGCUGGAAAUAUUAAAAGAAAUUGAAAAUUUACUUGAGGAAGAAAGUUGGAAACGCGCGUUUUUGUAGAAGCUCGUGAAUAUUUUUUGUAAACUAAUUGGAAGGAUAGCCCUGCAAAGUUUUCUUAAAAGCGUGAGUAAGAUUAAAAGUGACUUCGUAAGCUUGGCAAAUUUUCAUUUGGAUACUUAAAAAAAAUUAGGUGUUACUUCUCAGAAGAUACUGAAUAUUUUUGUUUGAAGAAAAAACUAAUGUAAAAUUAUAGUGAUGACACAUACAUAUAUAUAUAUAUAUAUACACACACUUGAAAAAUUUCUGUACAUAUAUUGAGAUGUUGAGAGCGCAUUUCGUUUUGUUUAGAAAUUUUAAAAACUUAAAGAACACAGGAUUGAAAGUGAUUACUAAAUAAAUAAUUCUAAGAGAAGAAUUUUUUGAGAGAGAAUUCUUUUAAGAUUUGUCGACGUUAAAGAAUUUUGAAAAUUUAUCUGGAGCGCGAGAGGAAGAUCGAGACCAACGAAGAGCGGAAGUACCGUUGUCUCCGGUUGUUCUGGGGACUUGCGGAUGAACGGCCUUGACGGCGCGAGUCUGGUUUGAACUGGGACAGCGGAGCGUGCGUUCCGAUAGAUGGACGGGAAGAUUCAGCAAAGUGUUUUUCUUCUUCUUCUUCUUCUUCUUCUUCCUCCUCUACUGGAUCGAACUUCCUCAAGCAACGAACGAGCGACCUGGGAUUUUUGAUUUCCAGCAUUACGCAGCGGUGAAAUCCGGUUUUGCAUGGGUGUAUAUCAGGAGACUGGUAAGUCACUUCCUCCUAAUGUCAUCCCGAAGAUGGCCAGGGAACGCGCGGGGUCGGACUACUCGGGCCACAUGAGCGACUCCACUACAUGCAGCUGCGUCGCAAGUUCUAUCGAGAAGUGCUCGUUGCGAGGCUGCGGCAUGUUCCAGGAGCCGUUCUUUCUGCAUCCACCAGGCUCCCGUCCGCGGGACGGUAUCUACAUAAAUCCUAUGAGCGCUUAUAUCGGCGAAUCGCCGAAGCCCAAGGACACGACCGAGUCCUUCUACCUGCACAGCCCGCACGACCUCGUCUACACCAGAAUUACGCGGCUAUUUGGCGACGCGGAGAAGCCGCGAAACGGCAUCGCGGCGGAGCAGCAGCGUCACGUGGCUGAGAGGAAAGACGAGACUCUGACUGUGAAAGUGGACGUGCACAUCAACAACGGUGGAUACGUCGGCCGACCGCAUGCUGGCAACGGACACGCGGCCCGCUCCGAGAUCGCGAGGGAGUCUUCGGAGCACGCUUACGAGCAGAUCUGCGUGAGGCAGGAGGAGACGGGUAGCGUGAGCUCGUCGUCGCGCAAAAAGACCGAUAAUGCCUCCGACAGCAGUCGUUCCCGAAAAACUGACAGGCGAUACAGUCGGUCCAGCAGCGCCAGCGAGUCCUCGAACAUGAGCAGCGAGAUUCACGGCCUCUCCUCGACGACGUCUACCCCAUCGUUGUCGCGGCACAGCAGCAACGAGCGCAUUAACAAGUCAGGGAUUAAAGUGAACGCGGAAGCCAUCCACGAGAGGAAGGACUUGUCCGGCGCACACGUGGAAAGUGAAAAGGAGAUCCGUACAAGCGGCAACGGCGGACCUAGUCUCUCAAAACCACCGCCACCGCCGCCGCCACCACCACCAGACGACGAUGUGGUAGUCGUUCUAGUAAAUGCCAAGCCAAAUGUGGAAAUCGCGGCAAUCGACAAGAAGGAUGCGCGAGGAAGCGGUCAGGACGGCGGAAGGAGCGAAUCCUCCGCGACCAACAAGUCCGACGUAUCAUCCUCCGGCGAGCAUCAGCAGCAGCCGGAAGUGUCGCCUCCCGCCAGUGCACCGGCGGACGUGGACGAAAUUAAAUCGAGUCAGACGUCCCACCUGGUAAACAGGCACAUGGUGCUGCCGUUCAUACCGCCCAAGUUCGCCAACGCGGACUCCAACACCUUGCUUAAGCCUUCCGAAUACUUGAAGAGUAUCUGCAAGACGUCGUCCAAGAACAGUCUGUCAAAGGCGAGGUCAGUGGACAACUUGGACAUCCAGGGUCGGAAUACGGAGCAGGGCGAAGAGGAAGAAGCAAACGAAGAAGGAGAAGAAAGAGCGCGAAGAAACAGCGAGGAGGCCACAGGAUCUUCUACGGGUCCUCCGCCACCACCUCUAUCACCUCUGCAGCAACGCGCACGGGGAACCGGCAAUCAAGGUACUAAUACAGGAAACGAAACCGAAAACUUCAAGAUCCCGCAACCCUUAGCAACGAUCAGCAUCCAGGAUCUCACAAGCAUUCAGUUACGACGAACCAGCACGAAGAUGAACGCCACGAAGACGUUCUCCGCUCCACCUCCUCGCAGCGUGUCCAUGACUAACGUUUCAGAGCCGUUCUUCGUGCAAAAAACGGAUUUGAUCGCCGAAUUAAAGCGCACGAAGGAUAUACCUGGCAUCAAGAAACUGAAGGUGGAAAGAGCACAGGUCGAAAAGACUCAGGAGCAGAAUCUUAUGUCAGAAAUUAAUAAAGCGUUCAGCGUUACGAAUUUUGUUGAUCAAAUUCCGGAAAAAGACAGCUCAGGAAACGUGAUACCAAUUUGGAAGAGGCAGAUGCUGGCCCGAAAAGCCGCGGAACGAGCGAAGAAGGAGCUUGAGGAACAAAUAGCGCGAGAGAACGAAGAGAGGCGGCAGAAAGCGAUUCCACCGUGGAAGCGACAACUUCUUGCCAAGAAGGAUAACGAGGAAAAGAGAUUAAAUCAGACAUCAACUUCCGUAUCAGUAAGUUUGUCAACGCCUAAGUUGGAGAUAACGACUCCGAAUUCAAAGAGAGACGUCUCACCGGUGGCGUCGUGUAUCACGAAGAAGGAAGAGAAACCCGAAACCGACGAGAAGCGAGACGAUCUCGCCAAAGACGACUCCGAUGACGGUCAAAUUAUACCUUGGCGGGCACAAUUAAGAAAGACCAACAGCAAGCUCAAUAUCCUCGAUUAAUCAUUAAUAUAUAUCGUGUCUUUUUUUUUUUUUUUUAUUUUAUUGAAAAGAUACGCGCGUGAUGUGUAAAAGUAAACUGCGUUUAAUAUAGUUGCUAAACACACGGGUUUAUGUAUUUAUGUGAUCAUUCCGAAGUUAAUGGAACUUAUGCAAUAUAAAAAAAUGAAGAGGAAGAAAGUAUCUUUUUUUAUUUAAGAUAUAAACGUAUAUGAGAUGAUUCACGCAAAAUUACUUAAAUACAAAGCAUUGUUUAAUACUCUCUUUUGAUACACGUACUCGAUAUAAAAUACUCUAAAAUAAAUAGAGAAAUUAAACGGAUAUUUUUUUAUAUUACGUGUUUUCUUAUACCAUUGCAAAAUGUCCUCACAAGUAUCGUCGUAAUAAUUUAAAUAUAUUCAUUUUCUAAGAUAACUAUAAAAGAUAGAAGAGUGAAUAGAUAUACUCUACUAAAAAGUUGUGAGACGCAGGAAAGUGGAUCACGCACAAAUAGCUCGCUAGUGUUUCCUAUAAUUGGAUGGAAAGUAAUUUUCAAAAGCGUGUGUGUGUGUGUGUGUGUGUGAAAUGUGUAAUGCAAGAAUUUUGCGAGGAGCGCAACUCAUCAUUUUUAAAGAGAAGCGGUGAUAACAACUACUUUGUAUAACUGCGUAAAGUUGUUACGUCUUGAAGCAUGUAAAACAAACCAAAUGCGAUGUAUGUACAUACGAAAUAAGUCUUAUAUGUUAUUCCGUUUGCAUUAUACAAUAUAAAAAAUAAAUAUAUAAUAAUAUACAAUUUGAGGUAUAAUUUUGUCCGACCGUCACUUUUUCAAAUCUGUCGUUAUAAUGUUAACUUUAUUUUAUUUUUUUUUUUCUUAUUUUUUAUAUCAGAUGGUUCGCGCAAAAUUACUAAAUACAAAGCAUUGUUCAAUACACUCUUUUAAUACGUACUCGAUAUAAAAUACUCUAAAAUAAAGAGAGAAAUUAAACGAAUAAUUUUUAUAUUACGUUUUUUUUUUAUAUUAUUGCAAAAUGUUCUCACAAGUAUUGUCGUAAUAUUUCAAAUAUAUUUAUUUUCUAAGAUAAAAGAUAGAAGAGUGAAUAGAUAACUAAAAGGUUCGUGAGACCCAGGGAAGUGGAUUACGCACAAAUAGCUCGCUAGUGUUUCCUAUGAUGGAAAUUUUUAUUGAUGGAAAAUAAUUUUCAAAAGCGUGUGUGUGUGUGUGGAAUGUGCAAUAAGAAUUUUGCGAGGAGCGCAUUUUUAAAGAUAAGCGAUGAUAACAACUACUUUGUAUAACUGCGUAAAAGUUGUUACGUCUUGAAGCAUGUAAAACAAACCAAAUGCGAUGUAUGUACAUAUGAAAUAAGUCUUAUAUGGUAUUCCGUUUGCAUUAUAAUAUAAAAUAUAAAUAUAAU